GCAUGCAUGAGCACUCAGGGUGUCUGUUAGGGCUAAUUACACGCCACUUUCUAUUUCCUUGUCUUGCCGAUAUCAUGAGAUUUGGAGUUCUGGCGUACGAAGCCCUGAAAAGGCCAAAGAGAGGGCUUCGUAGUUCUUGGUUCUUGUUGACCUUCCCUGACACUCUUGAAUUGGUAGACACACAGACAGGUUGACAGGGAGGAGGGAUUUUAAAGGGAGAGAAGCCGGGAAUGUCCCAUUGGCUAUGUUUCUCAUCCGCGGGAACAGCUCCGAAAACUCAUAGGC